CCUACUGCGACAAACCCUGGAGCGCACGGAAUCGCAGGUGCGCGGGCAUCGGCUGCUGCCGCGUUGCCAUCCCGCCGGGCCUCACCAACACGAGCAUGAUAUUCGGUAACGGGCCGAGCGCGGGCGUCAACCUCCACCCCUGCCACUACGCCUUCAUCGUGGAGAAGAAUCGGUACGUCUUCCAGGCGGCCGAUCUGAAAAGAACGCCGGGGCCGGCGGGCAAGGGGCGGCGCUGGCACAUGCCACUGCUGCUCGACUGGGCCAUCCCGCCUAUCGGCGACCGCAAUGAUUACAUGUCGUGCAACCAGGUUGCCAAAUCGCCGGAAUACAGCUGCGUGAGCAAGCACAGCGAGUGCGUGGAUUCCCUCACCGGGCCGGGGUAUACCUGCAUCUGCAGCAAUGGCUACAAGGGCAACCCAUACCUUGACAACGGAUGCACAGAUAUUGAUGAGUGCACCCAGGCGCAAUCACAUCCAUGCUAUGGCAAAUGUACCAAUACGGAUGGAUCUUUUGAUUGCAGUUGCCCGCGAGGAACCCAAGGCAAUGCCACCCUACUUAAUGGUUGUGUCAAGUCUAUGAACUUAGGUUUAAUUAUUGGUCUAUCAAUUUCUAGUGGCCCGACUAUUCUACUUUUGUUUAUUAGCUUAAAAAUAAUAAUCAGCAAGCUUAAGCAUCAAAAGGCUAAGGAGCUGAGAAAAAAGUUCUUCAAACAAAAUCGUGGACAACUGUUGCAAAAGUUGGUGUCUCAUAGAUCAGACAUUGCAGAGAAAAUGAUCAUUCCUUUAAAGGAGCUAGAAAAGGCUACAAACAACUUUCAUCAAAUUCGCAAGCUUGGUGGAGGAGGGCAUGGUACAGUAUACAAAGGAAUUUUGUCAGACUUGCAUGUUGUGGCCAUCAAAAAGUCAAAUAUUGUGGUCAAGAGAGAAAUCAAUGAGUUUAUAAAUGAAGUUGCCAUUCUCUCACAGGUCAAUCAUAGGAAUAUUGUAAAGCUUUUUGGAUGUUGUCUCGAGACAGAAGUCCCCUUGUUGGUUUAUGAAUUCAUUUCCAAUGGAACCUUAUGUGAUCAUCUUCACAAGGAGCCGCUGGGAUCAAUAACUUGGGAAGAUAGAUUAAGGAUCGCAACAGAAAUUGGCAAAGCCCUUGCUUACCUUCACUCAGCCAUUUCUGUCCCAGUAAUACACAGAGAUAUCAAGUCUGCCAAUAUACUACUUGAUGAUGCAUUUGCAACAAAGGUGUCUGACUUUGGAGCUUCAAGGUACAUUCCUCAUGAGCAGUCAGCGAUAACAACAGUGGUUCAAGGUACUUUUGGAUAUUUAGAUCCUACAUACUAUUACACAGGUCGGUUAACAGAAAAAAGUGAUGUUUAUAGCUUCGGAGUAAUUUUGAUUGAGUUGCUUACUAGGAAGAUGCCAACUACAUAUAGAUCAUCUGAAGGAGAUUGGCUUGUUGCACAGUUUGUUGAACUAUUUGCAGAAGAUAAAUUGGCUGAAAUAUUGGAUCCACAAAUCAUGGAGGAGGGAGGUAGCCAGCUUGGAGAAGUAGCUGCUCUAGCCAUGUCGUGCAUAAAACUAAGAGCAGAGGAGCGACCAACCAUGAGAUCAUUGGAGAUGACAUUCGAACGCCUCCAAGUACACAAGGAGCCUGUCCUGAAUGAUUUUCUAUCGGAAACAAACAAGAUGAAUUAUUUGACAGCAAGAUAUUCAUCAACAAUUAAAAGGACAAGCUUGGAGAAAGUGAGCAGGCAAUAUACUCAGGAACAAGAGUUCGUGUUGUCCGCUAACUACCCUCGAUAGUUUUGUUUACAUAUGAAAGAGUUGUCGCAGAUUGUUGUUUGUAGUUUGCUUAACUUCUAUGUCGUCUUAGUUAAUUUCUGCUAGUUCCAUUGACUGAUUGUUUUAGUGUUGUUCUGCUGGUAUA